AUGAAUUUAAAUAAAUCCUUAAAUGAAACCAUCGACCAAAUUGAAGAAGUUAUGGAUGCCACUGAAUUUAAUUUUGAUACAAAAGAAUCCAUGAACAAUAUAUCCGAAAUAUCUGUUAAAACAACAGAUUUAACUGAUUGUAACAAUGAAGAAUCAAUAGCUGCGGAUUUAGAAAUUACAUCAACCAAUUCUAAUGUUAUGGAUACCAAAUUUGUUGAUAAACUAUACAACACUGUUGACAAUUUAAAGGACACAGAAUCUAAAAUUGAUACAGACGAAUCUUUGAAUAAUAUAUAUAACAUAAAUGUUGAUGAAACAUCACAAUCCUGUGAACUCGAUAAUAGUACUUUAAAAAACAUAACUAAUAUAGAUAUUUCUUAUGCUGAAGAAAAAAAUCUUACACAUUCAAGUGAAAAUUCUGUUACUAAUAAUGGAACUUUACAAAAUUCAUCACGUGCUAUGAGACAAUUUUUAGAUUUUGAACAAACUCUUUAUGAAAUUUGUAAUCCAAAAUUGAAUGAUUCAACAUUUAAUGACAGUCAAACAAAUAGAAAUAUUUCAUUGAAUGAACAAACUGUAGAAACAUAUUUAAAUACAUCAAAUGAAAAUGAUAGUUUUUGUACAUCUGCUAAUCCUUUAGAAUCCAAUUUAUCAGUUAUAAUUGAAAACCGAACUUUAGAAGAAAACUCUAGUGAUCUUGUGAUGCAGAAUGAAGAAUUUGAAAACCCUAUUAAUACAGUUUUAGAAAACAUUGUAAAUGAAAACUUGGAUAAUAUUGUAUUAAAUGAAUCGGUUAUACUAAAUAACAAAGAAUCUUUAGUUGCGAAAGAUAUUUUACUACCUGAAGUGCUAAAAUUAUCUACAGUGAAUGAAAUGGAAAAUAAAACAUGUGAAAGUGUAAUGAAAUCUAAUGAAGGUAUUUUUAUUGAUAAUAAAGUCAUAAGUUCUGAUGAAAAAAUGAAUGAAAUAAAAUGUAAUGAAAGUUGUUCAAUUUCAAGUUAUAAAUUUUUAAAACCAGAAUCAAAUGUAUUACUAAAUAAAGAUAUUCAAUCUCUAGAUUUAUUAGAUGAAACCAGAAACAUAAACAACAGUUUAAAUGAUUUUAUGAAUAUGGAACAAAUGUUUAAUUUUGGCGAAAAUCGAACAAUACAGAUGUUAAAUCUUGAUACUCCAAAAACUCAAAAGAUACUUGAUUUUAGUAUUGUACCACAAACACCCAUCGUUGAAAAUCAUGCAAAGAAACAAAAACUAUUAAAUUUCAGUAUUGUUGACCAAACACCAAUAUCGAAAGAUACACAACAGAAAUCAUUUAAUAAUUCAUUUACUAAAAAUAAUUUGAGUGGGAUAAAUGAAAUUUUGGAAUUAGAAACUGAUUCUAUAAAUAAAGAUUAUCAAAAUUGUAUUAAUAAUUCUUCAUCAAAAAAUCUCUCUACAAUUUCUGCUCCUGAUACACAAUCGUUUAUUGAUAUCUCAAUAAAUUCUGAUAAUUCAAUUAUUAAUCAAACAUUAACUGAAACUAAUUUAAAUGAAUCCAAAACUAAUACAGUUGGAAGUAACAUGGAUUCAAUUGAAUAUUGUAUGAAAGAAUCAAUACCUGAAGUAGUGAAAUCUGUAAUAAAUUGUGCAUCGAAUAUUACUUUAAACAAAAAUUCAAAAAAACUUGAUUGCUCUACAAUUUUAACGGAUUCGGAUGAAAAAAUAAUAACAAAGUCUAAUAAAAAUGCCAUUGUUGAUUUCAGCAUUAUUGAACAACCAAUACCACAUACAUUUAGAAUAAAUAAUGAUACAAACAUUACAUUUGUUGAGUCCAAAACUAAUAUUUCUAACCUUAUUGAUAGCUCUGUUGUAUCUAUGAUUGACGCCAAAUCCAAAGGGUAUGUAUUUGAUUCAUUACAAAACCCUACUAUAGUUGUGUCUUCUGAUAUUGAAAUUGAAACUGAGAAAUCCUUGACUAGCACUUUAGACUAUUGUAGUGUUAAUAACUCUACAACUCGCCUUGAACAGUCAACAUUUUCUCAUAAUUCUGAACUUCUAACUGAUGUUCAAAUGAAUGAUUUAUCACUUUUCAUAGAAUCUGAAAAAAGCUCAGUUAACGAAUCUUUUCACAGCAUUGAAUUAGAUCAUGUUAAAGAAGAUAAAAAAAGAAAAUUAGAGCCUGUUCAAGACUAUAAUAACUUUGAAAAAAUAAUGAAAAUAGAAUCUAAGGACCCAGAAUUGGAUCAUGUACCAGAAGAUAGUAAAAUAAAAAUAGAGCCUGUUCAAGUUAAUUAUAACAGUGAAAAGAAAAUUAAAGUAGAAUCUAAGGACAUCGAAUCAUAUCAUGUACAGGGAGAUAACAAAAGGAAAAUAAAGCCUGUUUAUGACUUUCAUAACAGUGAAAAGAAAAUGAAAGUAGAAUCUGAGGAACCAAAAACACCAAUAUCAAUGCUUUAUAAAAUUAAAAAUAUGUUUAAAAGCAAUGAAAAAUUACCACAAUAUAAAAAUAAUACAAAAUCUGAAAACCGAUUUAAUUUUAAUAAACUUAAAGAUGAUAAACCUGAAGUUUUAGUAAAGAGUAAAAUACCUUAUAAAGUAACUAACACACCAAGAGCACAAAAUGAUGAAUUUAAUAAUUCAAAAUCAUUAAAUGAUAACAAAUCAAAAAAAGGUAUACCUAAAUUUAUUGGAUUACCAGCGCUAUCUGAUUUAUCAAACAAAACAUUUCCAGGGCAAAAUUCCAAAUUUCAUUAA